UUGACUGAGAAUAACAACAUGAAAACAUAGCUAGAACAUAUGCUUUUGUUCCCUUUAAGUUAAAUUGUGAAUACAAUUUGUUUUCUUACUGAACUAAAACAAUUUAAGCUCAAGUUUUACAGUAAAACGUUAUGAUGAAUGUAACCAACCCAUAACAGCCGUUGCAUUAGCUUAUGUUGACAGUAGUCGUCACGUUAUCUAGUGUCCAGUAUGAAAUAGUCUUGUGACCUGUACCAGUGUAACGCAUUUUGUGGAUGUCACCGCUCUGACUGUUUAGUUUUUUUUAGUUUAUUUUUUAACUUUCUGUAAAAAUAAUCGUAGUAUAAUAUUGUUAUUUGCACUUUCUGAUAGACCUUGAAUGUAUACUGUCAGUAAUGCCUUGUACUUGUGGCAACUGGAGGAGGUGGAUUCGUCCCUUGUUCGUGGUUUUGUAUAUUUUGGGGCUGUUGGUGGUUCUUCCAUUAUGUGUCUGGGAGUUGCAGAAAUCUGAGGUUGGAACGCACACCAAAGCAUGGUUUAUUGCUGGGAUCUUUGUGUUUAUGACAAUACCAAUAUCACUUUGGGGGAUCCUGCAGCAUCUCGUAAACUAUACUCAGCCUGAACUGCAGAAACCCAUAAUCAGGAUAUUAUGGAUGGUGCCGAUAUACAGUUUGGACAGUUGGAUUGCAUUGAAAUAUCCAAACAUUGCAAUAUAUGUGGACACCUGCAGAGAGUGCUAUGAAGCCUAUGUAAUUUACAACUUUAUGAUCUUUCUUCAAAACUACUUGAGCAACCAGUAUCCCAGUCUGGUGUUAAUGCUGGAAGCCAAAGAACAGCAGAGACAUCUCCCCCCUCUGUGCUGCUGUCCGUCAUGGCCCAUGGGAGAGGUGCUGCUGUUCAGAUGCAAGCUUGGGGUGCUGCAGUACACAGUUGUCAGACCUUUCACCACUAUUAUAGCACUAAUUUGUGAGCUAUGUGGAGUGUAUGAUGAAGGAAACUUCAGCUCCAAAAAUGCUUGGACCUACCUGGUGAUUUUCAACAAUUUAUCACAACUGUUUGCCAUGUACUGCCUUGUGUUGUUUUAUAAGGCGCUGAGGGAAGAGUUGAACCCUAUCCAUCCAGUUGGGAAAUUCCUGUGUGUGAAAAUGGUUGUCUUUGUGUCCUUCUGGCAAGCUGUUUUUAUUGCGUUUCUGGUUAAAGUUGGGAUUAUUUCUGAAUCUCACACCUGGGACUGGGACAGUGUGGAAGCUGUUGCAACAGGCUUGCAGGACUUUGUCAUCUGUGUGGAGAUGUUUCUUGCUGCGAUAGCUCACCAAUACAGCUUCACAUAUAAACCUUAUGUACAAGAAGCUGAGGAGGGCUCAUGUUUCGACUCCUUUCUUGCCAUGUGGGAUGUUUCUGACAUUAGAGCUGACAUAUCGGAGCAAGUGCGCAAUGUUGGGAGAACAGUUUUAGGCCGCCCUCGGAAAAUGUAUUUUGCAGAAGAACAGGAGCACAAUGAGCACACCAGCCUUCUGUCCGGUGGAUCCCAGGAGCCUGCUACAGAUGUCUCUUCUAUGCCACCUUCCCCCACGGGCCACUAUCAGGGACUUGGGCAGACCACUAUGACUCCUCACUCUUUAUCAGCGCCUGCAGGGCUCUUCAACUCUGCUAAUGACGCACAAUAUGAAGAUUUCCCAAAUUCACUGCCUCAGGAUACUAAGGAACUUCCGGAUCAGGACAAUCACACAGAGUCCUGAUAACUUACGCAACAAGUGCCCUCGCUGUAUUGUGAUGCCUAAAAAACUUUUAAAACUAAUAAGGUAUGCUCUAUUGCUAUGUCUAUAUUUAGUAAAUACAGGAUUUUUAUUUAUUUGUUUUUUUUUCCAGCAUUCCCAUUUGACCAAAAGCUGAAAGGGUUUUCGUAACACAAUGUUGCAGCAUAGGGUUUGUCAAAACGGUGGUAUUUUUGUUCUUGAAGGACCUUCAUGUUUGUUUUGCUCUGGAAUGCUGACUGACAACCUGCGCCAUGUAUCAUGCCAUACAUGGCCGUGGUCUGAAAUUCCUAAUCAUUGUAUGCUUUAUUAAAUACAUUGCUUUAACAGCCUACCAAUCUGGGCCUUUCUUUAUGUUCAGUUCUUAGCGUGCUUAGCAAAAAAUAUUGAACCUUCAAGCAGAAGCCAGUUGCCAGCUUGUAAGCAAGUCUUUUUUUUUUGUUUUGUUAAAUAUUGAAAUGUUGAAGUGUACUUUAUAGAAACACCUAAAACUCUUUGAUAAAUAGGCCUUUCAAAUUAUAAGGGCCUUGGGUGACAACAAUUUUUCUCAGUGCAGUUCUAAUAGACAG